AUGGGCGCUGACACCAUGAGCGAAAGCCUGACUGAUGCGGCGGCUGCAGAGAUCAUUCAGCAGAUCAAGGACAGCUUCGACAAAAAGUCCGAGAUCCCAGUCAGAGACAGGCGCAGUGGCGACUGGGUCAUCGUGGUCAGCUGCCGAGCCCAAGACGACCGCGAGGAGGACUUCAUGACCGAGUGGUUGUUUUACCUUCCCGGCUGGAAGCCGGGGUCGAAGCCCUGGGAUGCCACUUCCUUGAAGAAGGCUUGGACCGACAACGACAGCAAAGGCGUCAAGCCCACGGGCACGGGCUUGGACUUCUCUGAGGAUGGCAAGUCCGUGAAGGAGGUGGACCGAGGCUUCUUUACCGUGAAGGCCACCUUCGAUCUCGCUGACCUUAAGAAGUGA